AUGUCAUCGACUGCUUCUGAAAUUCAACGAGAUGAACUUGAUGCUCUAAAGAGUAUUCUUGAUGAAACAGCAUUUGAAAUAAAUGAAAAAUCAACAACAAUAGACAUAACUUAUGGUACUCUCAUUGUUGAAGUAACAUUACCUGAUGAAUUGUAUAUUGAAUAUUAUUCAAACCAACGUCGUCGUGUUCAAUAUUUACCACCAAUUUUUCUUCGUUUUACUUUACCAAAUGAUUAUCCAUUGAUAUCUCCACCUUCAUUUGAACUUGAAUGUAUUUGGAUGAUUGAUGAACAGGUAAAAUAA